AUCGCUAGUCGCGAGCGAACUCUCCCAGUUUAGGCCGGUUCAGGCCAAGUGCGGUCGCCUUGCGUUUCACCGCUAUCUUUCAUCGCGUAUCAGUCCGCACGAGUUGCCCGGCGCGGGAAGGUUGACAAGAGACCUACGAUUUCUACGUACCUGCCUGCCUGUCUACCUGUCGACCAAAGAACAACCGAUAGCGGUCGUCGUGAUGAGUGUACGCGGCAAGCAAGUGCAAAAUGGUACUUACGAGUUCGAUUAUAUGCGAGUACCUGAUACCAGAACGCGCUGGCAGGCAUUUCGCGAUGGCCUUUACAAUAAAGAAGACGGAACCUGCUGCGGUCACCCACCGAAGAAAUGGGGUAUAACUCUUGUCUUCUACAUUUGUUUCUAUGCCGGAUUGGCGGCACUCUUCGCUAUUUGCAUGAAAGGCAUGCUCGCCACGUUGAGCGAUGACAGACCUACGUGGAUUCUAAGUAGCAGUCUUAUAGGCACCUCUCCAGGCAUGGGCUUUCGACCGAUUUCGGAUAACCCGGAUGAGAGAUCGCUCAUUUGGUACAGCGCGUCGAAUGCGACCGAAGUACGAAAGUGGACACAAAUCCUAGACAAAUUUUUGGAAAAAUACGUCGAUUCAAAACUCUUGCCUAAUGGCGGUAGAAACCAGGAAAUCUGUAAAUACACCUCGCCGGUGAAGGAUGGUAAGGUAUGCGCGGUCCCCAUCAAUCAAUGGGGACCAUGUUCGCCAAGUCAGCAAUAUGGUUUCAACAACUCGUCACCUUGCAUCUUUAUCAAGCUUAACAGAAUAUACGGAUGGAUACCCGAGUAUUAUAACGACACGGAAAAUUUGCCGGCCGAAAUGCCAGCCGAGCUAGUCGAAUAUAUAAAGACAGUCAACGCUUCAUGGUUAAAUACCGUAUGGGUAUCCUGCAAAGGAGAUAAUCCUCACGAUGUAGAGAAUCUUGAUAACGGACUAAAAUAUUAUCCUGAGGGACAUGGUUUUCCAGGAUUCUAUUAUCCAUAUAUAAAUACACCCGGAUACUUAAGCCCAGUCGUCGCCGUCCAAUUUCUUCGACCCACGAGGAAUCAAAUCAUCAACGUCGAGUGUCGGGCAUGGGCAAAGAAUAUCGAAUACAGUUCAAUUAGAACCGAAAAGAAGGGUGCGGUACAUUUUGAACUGAUGAUCGACGAAUGAUCGUAUAUUGCGAUUUAUCAUUUUUAGCGCGCCGUUAUUUUAUACAGCGUUAUUUCGCGAUUAGGAAAUUUUUCAAGAUACACAAAGCAAAAGGAUCCGGACAUCAUUGGAGCACCACGAUGUUGGAUCUCCGAUCAUAAUGAUGGCCGAUUGCUUGCGCCUAGAAAAAAUUAUUAAGUCAAAAUAAAAGGUCUGUUCUUUGUAGACUGUUGGAGAAACAGACAAAAAAUAAACAGUGCAACUACAGAGAACAAACUGCAAAUCAUCUUUUUUAGAGAUAUUGUAUAAAUAUCGGAAUUCGAAUUUAUCUAGCCUUAAUUUUAAUAAGAUUAUCGAUUGUUCUGACAAAAAAGAAGAGUUGCUUCUUGUUGUAAUUUAUAAAUAUAUGUACAUAAAGAAUAAUUAUGAGAAAGAUAUAUUCGACUUUUGCUCAACAGAAAUGUUUAGAACUUUUAACUCUUGCAAAAAAAUUUU